AGCCUCAGUGCUAUGUUCAGCAUGGUACUGACUUGACGUAAUAGGUCACCUCCAAUUGGUGGAGCGCGCGUACACCACGCCAUCCACCAAUUAAAGUCACGGUUGUUUGCAGAAUUGGCCUUGAGAAUAACAGGUGAACACGAAGCUGUGCGCUAGGUUUGUGACAGCCGCGGGUAUUAUGGAAUUUCAAAAUAGAGCAUUUUUUGUUCACUUUUUGUUUCAAUGAUAUACAGCGAUUCUGUAUUUCUGUCCUUAUGAAUUAUUAUGGGAAAAAUCACACAAUUUUUAAAGCAAAUUUAGUAAAAGUGAAGAAAUCUCAUUCAUUUUCACAGCAAAUCUUUGAUACUCUAUUUUAACAAUCUCUACUAGAGACAACUAUGGCUCGCUUUAGACGAUACUUCAUGCUUUCUUCGAGUUGGCUUCGAGGAGCACCCGGCGCGUGUGUGGUGGUAAAUGCCAAGGUGUAGCGCGCUGAGCGGACCCCAUCUCGCCAGUGCCAGGCCCCGCAGCAGUCAUGUCGUGGCUGUUUGGGAUGAACAAGAAGCAGGAGGUGCCGAUGUUCCCGUCGCCGCCGUCCGAUGGCGGACAGGACGGCGGUGGUCAGGGCGGCCAGCCGGCCGAGCCCGCCGGCCGACCGCCGGCCUCCACCUCUAUGGAGGCCUACCGGUUCGACUCGUCUGCCCUGGAGCGCGCCGCGCAGGCCGCCAAAGACCUCGAGAAGUCGGCUAACGCGCACGAGAUCCUGGCGGUGACGAAGCAGCAGGAACAGACGCGCCAGCUGGAGCAGCAGUCGCGCAUCAAGGAGUACGAGGCGCACAUCGAGCAGGCCAAGGUGGAGCAGAUGCGCGCGCAGGGUGAAGAGCGCCGCAAACUGCUGGCGGAGGAGACCAAGCAGCAUCAGCAGCGCGCCCAGUACCAGGACCAGCUGGCCAGAAAACGCUCGGAGGACCAGCUCCUGCAGCAGCACCGUAUGAACGAGGAGAAUCUCCGCAAACAGGAGGAAUCCGUCGCCAAACAGGAGGCACUACGAAAAUCUACUCUGGAGUACGAGAUGGAGCUGCGGCACAAAUCGGACAUGAAGAAAAUCGAGGCUGAGAUGACGGCACGUGCCAAGAUGGAUCGCGAAAACCAGGAUCUCACGCUGGAGCAGAUUCGCGUCAAAGCCGCCGAGAAACGUGACACCGUCCUCAACUCCAUCAAGACGGCCGGCGCGGUGCUCGGUGAGGGCAUGUCCGCCUUUCUCAGCGACUGGGACAAGGUAGCGGCGGCCGCCGGCGGCGUCUCCUUGCUCGCACUCGGAGUGUACACAGCGCGCGGCGGCGUCUCCGUCACAGCGCGCUAUAUCGAGAACCGGCUCGGCAAGCCGUCCCUGGUGCGGGAGACGUCCCGGUUCUCGCUGUUUGACGCGCUGCGCCACCCGUGGGCGACUGUGCGCAGCCGGCUGCAGAAGUCCGAGGCGGACGCGCUGUCCGGGGUGGUCCUCGAGCCGGGACUGGAGGCCAGGCUCAGGGAUAUCGCCAUUACCACAAAGAACACCAAGCGGAAUAAGGGCAUGUACCGGAAUCUUCUCUUCCACGGCCCUCCCGGCACGGGCAAGACACUGUUCGCCAAGAAACUGGCCAAGGCGUCCGGUAUGGAUUAUGCCAUCCUGACCGGCGGCGACGUGGCACCCAUGGGUCGGGACGGCGUCACCGCUAUCCACAAGGUGUUCGACUGGGCCAACACGUCGCGAAAAGGUCUCAUCAUGUUCGUGGACGAGGCGGACGCGUUCCUGCGGAAGCGCAGCUCAGAGCACAUCUCGGAGGACCUGCGCGCCUCCCUGAACGCCUUCCUGUACCGGACGGGCGAACAGUCGGACCGGCUGAUGCUCGUGCUCGCCUCCAACACACCCGAACAGUUCGACUGGGCCAUCAACGAUCGUCUGGACGAAAUGGUGGAGUUUGCUCUGCCGGGCCUUCAGGAGCGGGAGCGGCUGGCCCGCCUCUACUUCCAGAAGUUCGUCCUCGAGCCGGCCACACAGGGCGCCAAGCGGCUGAAGGUGGACAAGUUCGACUACGGCAACGUGGCGUCGCGGAUAGCGCUGAUGACCGCCGGCCUGUCGGGUCGAGAGAUCGCCAAACUGGGCGUGGCCUGGCAGGCGGCCGCCUACGCCAGCGAAGACGGCGUGCUCACCGAGAAAAUGGUCAUGGACAGAGUCGAGGACGCCAUCCGCCAGAACAGGAAAAAGAUGGAGUGGCUCAGUGAAGAGGAGCGGCGAGAGGGCAAGUCGGGCGUCCACUCCGACUCGACAGCGACACCUCAAUCGUCGCCCGCGCCGGCAUCGGUCUGAUGUGGAGUCGAGCCGGGGCGGUAUCGGCCUCCACACCGACCGCCGCUCCCCGGCACCUAGCAGCCAGUGACGCGGCCGACGUUCAGCGCCGCCCCAGCGCCGCGUCAGCAUCAUCAUCGGAAGUCGAGACAGUCCAGGUGGUCAGCCAGAGAGUUUAUAGUGUUAUUGUGAUCGCCACUGCACGUAUGAGAGUGACCUGUUUUGAUAUGUGAGCCCGGCGCCGGGCCGGGCGGUGUAUUUGGUAUGGUGUGGCGGCCGGGUGGCCGGUGCGCCGUCUCGCGGGCUGCUGACUGCCCUGCCUCUCCUGGUACGCCUCCGUGGGGCAGCGUACCGGCCGCCGCCCGCCGUCCGUCUGCGAUAGUGAUUGGGAUCGUGACGAGCUGUAUGUUGUACAGGAGUUAUUGUGGUGCAACUUGUGUACUGUGCUACUGUCAUUGUAUGUUGAAGCGAACUAGCCGCGUUGAAAGCGGUCAUCGUGAUACAGCAAUACAUAACCAAGUCGGA